AUGUCGAUCUUUACGUGGUGCAGCCGGCGCGCCGGCGGUCUUGCGAUGCUCGCUACAAUUGGGCUUUCGUACUGGGUUAUCUCGACAGAACUGGAGAACCGACGGCAAACCUUCAAAUACGAGUCGCUCGAAAGCCUGAGUGCGCCUCGAGAACACGACCCGAAGAGCGGCGGCCUCUGGAUCAAACUCUUCACAUACUACUGCUUGCUUAUUCACUUCCUCGUCUUCAUCUUCCCGCUUCGCUCUUGCUGGGCCGUCUUUAGCAUCAACCGGAAUAUCAAGAAGGCCGCACGCACUCGGGCCUUGAGGGACAUCAAGUUUGGCCACCGUCGCCGCGGCUCCUCGACCUCGCUCUCCAGCUCUGAGACUUUGACCUCAUCGCGGGACAUUAGCUCGACCUCGAGCAGCGAGGCUGGCGAUUUGGACCCGGAAACCUAUACCGACGGCGAUAUCGCGCCUGACCGCGUCAUUCACGCCAUUGUGAUCCCGAACUACAAGGAGGAAAAUGACACGCUCCGCGAGACGCUCGAGGUGCUGGCUUCGCACCCCCAAGCUCGCAACACCUACGAUGUCUUCCUCGCGAUGGAACAGCGGGAACACAAUGCAGAGACCAAGGCCACCAGAUUCACCAACGAGUUCUCCAAGAAGUUUCGCUCAAUUGACUUUACCGUACAUCCUCCCGACAUUCCUGGUGAGCUGGCCGGUAAAGGAAGCAAUAUGGCGUGGGCUGCCCGCAAGCUGAGCGAGAAAUACGCUCUUGGUCAGCGCAAGGAUGUCAUCGUCACGGGCAUCGACGCUGACAGCCAUCUCUCCUGCAACUACUUUGGAAACGUAACGACCAUGCAUGUGGCCCAUCCCGACACCGCGACGACCACUCUCUACUCGGCUCCCAUCAUCUUUGACCGCAACGCGCACAACGUUCCGGCUAUUGUCCGUGUUGCCGAUGUCCUCUGGUCCGCCGCCGGCAUGUCUGGCCUGUACAAGGGUUCAAGCGUUGCUCCGCCCACAUCCGUCUACUCGGUGCCUCUCGAGCUUGUCGACCGUGUUGGCGGCUGGGAUUGUGACUCAGAGGCCAUUGGCGAGGAUCUCCACAUGUACCUGAAGUGCUUUUUUGCCCUGAACGGCAACCUCACGGUCCGCACAGUUAUGAGCCCUGUCAGCCAGACCAACGUGACCGGCGGUGGCCGGGGCAAGGGCCUUCCCGGUCUCGUCAUGGAUAUUCGCGCUCGGUACAAGCAGGCCCUGCGGCACAUGUGGGGUGCCCUCGACACUGGCUACGCAAUCAGGAAGUUUGUGGAGGUUUGGAAGGAGAGGAAGCACACCUCGAGGGCUUUCCGGCCGUUGCAUACCUCUCUGAACGACGACUCCGAUAACUACGUUCCGCAGUCGCAGAUCGAUGGUGCGGAUCCUGAGGCUGUCCCCGAGAGCGGCAUUUUCUCCGACGUUGUGACCGACACCCUGAAGGAGCCAGACUGGCAACGCAUCGCCAUCCUGUUUCACCGCAUGUUCGAAGCCCACUUCUUGCCCGUCCAGAUGACCAUCCUCGUCGUCGCUUCCACCCUCUUCAUGUGGGCUACCGAAGGGACCGGUGAUGUACACGGAGUUGCCUGGAUCUACAGCAUUUGUAAUGUCCUGCGCACUCUCGGUUUCAUGGAGGUUGCAUUCUACCUCUUCCUCUACGAGAGCUUCCACAAGACCUGUGUUGAGACCCGCGAGAAGGAAAUGGGUGACGCCGGCUUGCUCAAGGGCAUGCACUUCUCUCGAAGGGAGGUCAAGACCAACUUCAUCGACUAUGUCAUGGUUCCCCUAGUCGCACCAAUUUUUGGCUCAAUCCCUUGCGCUCAGGCCCAAAUAUGCCAUUUCUGGACACUGGACCUGGUGUAUACAGUCAGCAAAAAGGUGACCCGGCGGAGGGCGAAGUCGGUCAACGUUGAUGCGUUGGUAUAA